AUGACAGAAGUUGUCCAUCCACCGGAGAGCGUCUACAACCUCAUUCCAAAGGAGGAGGUUAAAGUUGAAAAACCACCGAGGUAUAUGUCCAAGUUUAGGACAACAGUUGUGCAGGAGAAAAAGUCAAAUAAAGAUCUGAUGAGGACGAUGGGGCCAGCAAAAGCAGAGAUGCCGUCCCCGGAGAAAUACCUACGCAAGCAUUCAAAGGAGCCCAAACUGCCUGAAAGUGAGCUGCACAUGGCUGGUAACACUCACACUCUGAGGAAACCAGACGUUCCUAAGAGGAUGGACAACCCAACCAUGGGCAUUCAUACCACGAAGAACUUUGUAAAGACCAAUGCCCUUGCAAAUGUCAUGGCAGUGCCAAAGAAAGUACAGCCUACAUCUGCAGACACCAAGAAUGGAGACAAGCAGGUCCUUGAAAAUUCAGGACUUGUCCCUAAAUACAUCAAGAGGAAGGACUUUGGAGAGAUACCUGAGUACCUGCAGCAGCGCAAAGAAGACGCUUUGAGGGCUCAGGAGGAGUAUGACAACUAUGUUAAAGAGCAGCUGCAGCAAAGGGCAAUGAAACAGCUGUCUGAUGCAGAGAGACAGGCUAUCCUGGAGGGCCUGAAGAAGAACUGGGAAGAGCUGCACCGUCAGUACCAGGGCCUCUCGGUCGUCACGGAUACCAUUUCGAAAAAGUCACACAAGCAGCGCCUCGACUUUGAGAUGAAGCAGCUGGAGAGUGACAUUAACCUCUUUGAGAGAUUCAAGACCUUCUACGUGGCCAACUAA